UCAAACAGCUAAAAGAGCCCUACUCAGACUUGGCCAAGCCGUGUGGUCCUGUGCUUUUUAUUGUUUGGUGUAGUAACUGGUAUAUUUAUAAGGGUUGACUUUGGUGGACUUUUCCCACCUUCUGCCACAGUGUGCUAAAGGGUGCAGCUAGCUUUAGGCUAACUCGCAACUCGGUCAGGGAAGGUCUGAGCAGCUUGACGGAGUCGAGCUCAGAGGAUGGACAGUGAAAUCCAGCGAGAUGGGAGAGUCCUGGACCUCACUGAUGAUGCCUGGAGGGAAGACAGGCUGCCGUAUGAAGAUGUCACCAUCCCGCUGAGUGAACUGCCUGAGGCUGAGCAGGACAAUGGAGGAUCUACAGAGUCUGUGAAAGAACAAGAGAUGAAGUGGACAGACCUCGCUUUGCAGAGCCUGCAUGAAAACACACCGAGCACUGGAAGCUAAAAGACUAAUCUGGAAUGGAAUCAGAUUUUAGGACAAAAACACACAUGGAUUCAUAAACCUAAAUUCACUGUCUUUUUGUAUUUUAUUGUGUCUUUUGAAGGAUUUCCAUUAUGUUCCAGCUAAGCAGAAACAUGUAUUUUUCAUUGGUAUUGGAUUUACAUUGUCUUUAAAUACAAAACAACUUUGUUGUAUGACAUAUAUUGUAACAUUUACAACAAACUGUCUUAAUCUUGACAGCAUCAGCUCUAGUCUAGGAGACAGUCCCUGUAUGUGUUAACAGCAACACCUUCAACUUUUUGUUUAUUUUGUAUUGAAUCCAAAAAGCCAGGAUGACAGGGAGCACUCUGGAAGAUACAAGACGUGCCUGUACGAGGCUCUGUGUAAAAGUAUUCUUUGCAUACUGAAAGAUCAGUCUGUCAACUUUCUGUCACUCCUAUCAUAAAGCAUAGAAACUCUGACCUAAUUUUGUGAAGUUGUGAUCAUGAAUCAUGAAAUCAUGUUGCCAGUUAGAUGAAUACAGUCCUAGACAUAAAUGCAUCAAGAAUUCCUCACAGUUUUCUCUGGCCUGCAAAUUGCUCACAAAGUUACAACUGUUAAGGAAUAGCACCUAUUGAAUUCUUCUUUCUAUACAAGAUCAUUUUCACCAAAGAGAUGGUCAAAGCAACUGGAAAAAGGCUCUUCCAAGUCACUGCAAGAGGGCGGACUGUGGCUAAAAGUUUUCAAUUUAACUAUGUAUACUUGAAAAACUAAAACUAAUGCUGUCUAGUCAACAGCCCUUCAAUAAAUCCUUCUUUCAUGAAGGUUGAAACCAUCAAUUUUUGUCAAAACUGUCAAAAAUUGAGAUGUUCUUGAGGGUGUUGAGCUUUAUGGUCAUUUUAGACGCUGUCAUUUGUAGUGCUGCUAUAUAGUGUUAUAUUUAGUGGCGUUUCUAAAACUAGUUUACCCGCAUUGAUAUAAACACCUGUACUUUACCUAUGUUAUAUGGUAUAUGGAUCAUGUAGACCUCAACUUUGCUGGUUUUUUAUUCACUCUCUCAGCAGUGCAUUUCACCAUUUUACACAGAAAUCUUUAACGAAAAUGUCAGUCCCUCUUAUACCUGCUGUAUUUGGCAUUUUCUUAAUCCAAUCAUGACCCGAGCUCUGUGGAAACCUUGCUGAACUUCGUGGUUUCAACCAGAAAAAAAGCCCACCAUCACUGUGCUUGUGCAUCCUCUGCCAUGAGCUUGCUAACGUGGCCCCUUCUGCAGCGAUACUGAGGGAUGUCGGUAAGAGCCCCCCAGACGAUCCCAGAGCGUGAAGUAUUGUCCGUAGUUGUAAUUGAAGAAGAGGUGAUGGUCGACAUGGUGAGCAGCACCAUUGAUCAGACAUAUCAGGGGGGCUGGGAUGCAGUUU